AUAGAUUGCUACGACAAAUACGUACCCUGCACAAAUCAAACACAACAAUAAGAAAUCAACCUGUUUCACUACCCAACUUGCUUGACCAUGUUUCGCCAUGUUUAUGUCCUCUCUUUGCUAGUACUCCUAGCAAUCAACACCGUCUCAGCAGUGGACUACACUGUCACCAACAGAGCUACUGCAACUGCUGGUGGAGCCCGAUUCAUCACGGACAUCGGGGUCGAUUACAGCAAGCAAACUCUAGCAUCUGCUACAGAUUUCAUAUGGGAGACCUUCCAGCAAAGUAAUGCCGCGGACAGAAAAAAUAUUCAAACAGUCAACUUGUUCAUAGAUGUCAUGGAUGGGGUUGCCUACUCAGUCAACGAUGAAAUCCAUGUUAGCGACAGUUAUAUAGCAAGUUAUUCAGGUGAUGUCAGAACAGAAAUCACUGGGGUACUUUACCAUGAAAUGACACACAUAUGGCAAUGGAAUGGUAAUGGACAAGCCCCAGGUGGACUAAUUGAAGGGAUUGCUGAUUUUGUAAGGUUGAAGGCGAACUAUGCACCUAGUCACUGGGUGCAACCAGGGCAGGGUGACAGGUGGGAUCAAGGUUAUGAUGUUACGGCUAAGUUUUUGGACUAUUGUAAUGAUCUUAGAAAUGGGUUUGUUGCUGAGCUUAACAAGAAGAUGAUGACUGGCUAUAGUGCUCAGUACUUUGUUGAUCUGCUAGGGAAGACCGUUGAUCAGCUCUGGACAGACUACAAGGCCCGGUACGGGCAAUAGAAGAGCUUGGCUAAUUAAGAGCAGAAUCUAUGAAAUUUUGUGUUUUUAGCAGCUCGGAUCAAAAUAUAUAUCCUAAAUAAAAUUUGAAUAAGAUCCUUUCAGACUGGCAACAAUUGUUUCAUGGACGUCAGAACAUAAA